AUGGCGCGCGACGCAAUGGAUGAUUCUGCGUCCAAAGACCAUGCCUAUACCAUGGAAGAGGUUCCCAACGAAAAGUCAUCACUUGCAGGCUUACCGGAUCAUUUGCACCAGGCAAUGAGAGCUGGGUUGAGCCAAGAAGAUGCAGAAUUUCUCUACAGCGUCGACAAGGCGGAGCAAAAGAAGAUUUUCCACAAGGUUGACUGGCGCCUAUGUCCCAUGCUUGCUAUUUUGUACCUCAUCUCUCAUCUCGACAGGGCAAACAUUGGCAACGCCAAGAUCGAAGGCCUCGAGAAAACUCUGGGUAUGAAAGGCACAGAUUACAAUGUUGCGCUCAUGGUCUUCUUCGUCCCAUAUGUCCUCUUCGAGAUCCCUUCCAACAUGAUUCUCGCAAAGUUCAAACGCCCAUCGUACUACAUGGGUACGCUGACGCUGUGCUGGGGUACUUUCCGUAUGGCGUUGUUUUAUUGUGCGUCUGCUACGAGUGGAGCGUUUUCUGGACUUUUGGCUGCUGCGAUUGCUAAAAUGAAUGGUAUCGCUGGACUUGAGGGUUGGAGAUGGAUCUUCAUUCUGGAAGGAAUAGCCACUGUUUUAUUAGGUGCUUCAGUUUUCUUUUUGUUGCCAGACUCGCCCGAUCACGCAGCCGGUCGAUGGCUCACAGCCGACGAAGCGCGCUUCCUUCGCCUCACACACAUUGUCACGCGCGGCCUCAAGCGAGAGAGACAGGUCAAUGCCGAGGGCAAGAAAAAGAGGGUCAAAUGGGGUGUCAUCGGUCAGGUUAUAAAAGACUGGCAGAUAUACCUGCAAGCUAUGGUCUUUGCGAGUAACGCUGUACCAAACUACGGACUAAAAUUUACUAUGCCUCAGAUUCUGAAGAACAUGGGUUUCACAAGUACGACCGCACAACUCAUGACUGCACCACCGUAUGCAUGUGGCGCAAUUUCAGCAUUAGUAUCUUCCCUACUUGCUGAUCGGUUUACAUGGCGUAUGCCCUUUAUCGCUAGCGGACAGGCUCUUCUCAUCAUUGCAUACGCCAUUCUAUUCGCCAAAGCAGAAGCCAUCAAGGAAAACGUCGCAGUUUGUUACUUUGCAGUUCACGUUGCUUGCAUCGGCCUCUACCCUAUUCUCCCCGGAUGCAAUGCCUGGACCAUUAAUAACCUUGCCGGACCCGAAAAGCGAGCUGUCGGUAUCGCAACCAUGAUUUGCAUCGGCAACCUAGGAGGCAUCGUCGGCUCCUUCAUUUUCCAGGAAAAAGAGUCGCCUAAAUACGAAACGGGAUUCGGCUCGUCGCUCUCAUUUGCUGCAGCAGGGCUCGUGUGUGCCUUCACGCUUGAGUUCUUGUUCUUCAGGAUUAAUAAGAAGAAUGCGGAAAAGACGGAGGAGGAGUGGCGCGCUAUAUAUACCCCUGCGCAGUUGGAAAAGAUGGGAGAUAGGAGUCCGUUGUUCAAGUAUCAUCUUUAG